GCGCGGGCCACUCCGCUCUUAUUUGCGUUUUUAAUGGCGGAGAACGGUCAAGUGGUGCUGCCCCGCCCGGGCACGGUGGACAUCGCGAUGCUCAUGCAGGCCAAGAAGGAUCUCGCCAAGGAGAAGAUGAUCUCGCACCAGACUGUCAAGCUCCUCCGCGAAGAAGUCGCCGAGUGCUACAUGAAGAACGGCGUCAACCACUUCGUCGCGUGCAAAGCCAUCCGGGAAGAGUACGCGGCGCUCGUCAAGGACCCGUGGCUUGGCAUGAAGCCGAUCAAGUACCAAGACUAGGUAUGCAGGCACGGCCCCGUGCGCCGCCCGUAAGAAUAUGAAGCGUGUCUUGUUACAACGAUCAGUACUCCUGUGCUACCUCCUUUCGC